UAUUGCGGAGAUAAUAAAAGGAUUCGAGCUAUGGCAACCAGGAGAGAAAUUGAUACACGUGCAAAUCCAGUUCAUGUAACGACGGAAUUGAUCGGACAUUUUAGUAUCGAUAGUGAUUUGCAAUAUCGUGCUGAUUUAUCGCAACUAAAAUAUUAUAUUCCUCCUUCGAAUCCUAAAAAUGUAAAUUUCGAUCUCAAUAUAAAUUGUACGUCUGCCCGUCACAAGUCUCCUUCACAUAUCAUAUUGGAAAAUAUAUUAAAGUGGAUUAGCGUUAAUUUUCAUCGAAUCGCGAGGCCAUUAUCAGAACAGGAUGAAGAACGUUGGUUGGACAUCGAUUUCAUUUGUUCUCGUGGGGUAAUAACAAAACUGAUGUGUCGGCCAGAUGUAAAAAGUGACGAAUGGAUUAUUUGUGCUAGUAAAUACCGUGGUACAAUAUAUUUAUGCGAAUUUCGUCCAGAUGAAAGAGAACGUGGUCAAGACAAUGCAACAGUGUCAGACAAACAAAUUUCUACAGGAACAAAUAAGUUUCAGCAAUACAUAGUAGCAGAUCAUCCGUUACAUGAACCAGAUUCAUCAUCAGUACCGGUUAAUGAAUGCGGAGAAUUUCACUGUAUGUUUAAAGCAAAUUUUAGCAAUGUUUCAUUAUUAUACGGUGCAAAAAUAGAUGCUAUUUCUUCACGACAACCUAUAACGGAUACACUUAUUGGCAAACCUUUUGAAUCGAUCGGAUUGAAGACGCUUCUUAUGCCAAAGAAACACUCGGGUUGCACACGUUCCACUGUAAUAAAAUGUUGGAGUACGAAUUUCUUGGCGAAUACAAACAGAAUUGUAGUUGGAUUUAGGGACGCAACUAACACAGUGAAAGAGAUAAAGGAAUAUUCUAUGGCUGAUCU